AUGACUAAUGCAAUUUGCGAGUCCUUUGCAACCUAUCUACGGACUAUUCAGAAGCGCUGGAGAGAGUCCAAAAAGGAAGCAAGUAUUCAAUUGCACAACAAGGUCAAAAAUCGACGCCAGGUUCGAAAAUACCAGCUGUUUCACCAACGUCGCUAUCUAGCCUAUGUUUUUGCUCCAUUAAGAAAGCAUGCUGAUAUGCUAGAGCAAUUUGGAGUUGAUGGCAUGUCUAGUGAUGAAUCAGAGGUUGAUGAGGAGGGUGUUAUAUCCUUCCAAUCACAUAUGCCUGCAUGGAGGGCAGAAAUUGUGACCAUCUGGUUACAUUUAUUUGAUGUGCUCCAUUCUAUGUUGAGGAAGACUUCUCUUGGGCCCAAGGGGGGUCUGCUCCUAGACAACGUAAACAUCUACGGAAGGUCUCACAAACAGCCAGCAGUGUUCCUGGUUUACCUAUUAAUGCUUAUGAUUCUCAAUGGCAACAAGCCAACUCUCAAACCUGGGCUCAGUUUUUGCAGCCAACAGCACCAUAUGACUUUUCUCAUGAUCCAUCUGCAAUGA